AUGGUAAAUUUGAUUAAUCAACCAAUAAAGAAGAAAUGUGAAGAUGAUUUGUUAAAAUUUUUUUUACAUGGGCAUUAUGAUGUCAAAGUUAAUUAUAAUAAAUGUGAUGAACAAUUAAUCACAGUUGAUGAUAGUGUUGCCAUUCUCAAUGAUGUAAACAAGAAGAACAACAACAGUGAUGAUCCUGAACAGGAAAUAGACAUCAUUACUGAGCAAUCUGAAUUUGAAAGCAAACCUGAUUAUCCACUUUCAACACAAAAUGAAACGCCUACGAAUGAUUAUUACGAUGAAAACUUAAAACAACCACAAUGUGUUUACGAGGAAAAAUAUGUUAUUAAUAUAUCUGUUAAACCAAAAUCAAACGAUGUAAAUAAACAAGACAAUGAAACAUGUAUACGAAAAUCGAAACAGCAAACAUUUGCUGUUAGUAUCGAGAAAACUACGAUUAAUGGAACAUCGCCACAGACUGUUGAUGUUGAUGAUGAACAAGAUUCAGAUACGGAAAAUUAUAAUAAUAACAACAGUCUGUAUGAAAGUGAUGAAGAAUAUUAUAUUAAAAACAAAAAUUGGACUGGACCCAUUAUAACUGAAGCGGUUUCUGAAAAUGAAUCUGAAAAGCCAUUUACUUCUAAAAAAAAAUCUAUUGAGAAGGAUUUGUCUCUCUCGGAUACUCUUCAUAAAACACACAUAAACAUUGCAUCUUCCCAAUCGUUGAAAAAAGAUAUUUAUAAUGGUGACAUAAAAUUCACAGAUAAAAAAAGCACGGUUUCUUCAUCAGCGGCAUUUUAUGAUGAUUCAAAACCGCCAACGUAUAUCAAUGAAAUAAUUAGUGGUGAUUGGUACAUUGAUGAAAAUGGAAUUAUACAAUCUAAUAGUAAAUAUUUCAAGAAUAUGCAAAAAAAAAACGAUUAUACACAAUUGAAAUCACGAUUAAAUACGGCGCAAACAACUAUUGCUAACACGACUCGAAAUCAAAAAGCAAAUUCAAAUUACCCGAAACAGAAUAAUUAUAAAGAUCGUAAACAAGACGUAUCAUCGCGAAAAACAUCAUCUGUGGAAAUUGAUCAGUAUGGAGAACAACAAGAACAAUUAAAAAAUAACCAAUCCGGCAACAAGAAUCCACAAUAUCCAUUUGAUAUAAACGAAAUACUUAAAGGAAACAUAUGUGAUGAUGAAAAAUUGAUACAAUAUCUUGAUUAUAUUGAACGGAAAAGUAAUCAAGAAUUUGUGGUAAAACGAGAUACACAACAGAAAGACUUAAAGCAACAAUUUCAACCAUCAUCUACUUCACAAACACAACGAGAAAACAAUGUUGAUUCUACUCAAUUCAAUGCGUCUAAAAAGUGUCGGGCAUCACAUAAACCACCAAAGCAAAAAACUACCCAAACAAAGACUGAAUCAUUAAUAAAAUCUCGUCUGGAAAAUAAUAAUUUAGCAGCAGGAUUAGACAAAAUAUAUCGUUCAUUAACUGUUACAGAUAUAUUGGAAAUCUAUGACGAAGUAAGAGGAAAAACUCAUAUCGGUGACGGACAAAAUCAUCAAAAAUCAAAGAUCAAUAUGGAACAAAAUGGUCCUAUUCGUUCAUCCCAGCAAGUACAUAAGAACUCAAGUCAUUCAGAAGCACAAUGUAGAAUACGUCAAGGACUACAGAGAGCAGUUGCACAACCAUCUAGAAUAGUACGUCAAUGUGCAACAAUUACUGCACAACAACCCUCGUAUGUGACAUCUAACACUUCAACCAAUAAGAAGCAUGAUUCAUGCUUACAUCGACAAUUAAAAACAUCUGAGACUAUCGACUUGUCUCCAUCUAAAAUAUUGUGCGAGGAUCAACAUAAUCCAUUUGCACGCAGUCAUAGUAAUAUUAAUCUCAAAGCAGUACGUUCGGACAGAAAUCAAUUGUUACUUGAACAACAUUUAAAAUACACUGCCAUGUACAAUGCUCAUCUACGCCGUAGUCAUCUGCCUGUACAAUAUCGAUUCAUAAAUCCAAGAAUAAUAUCUCAACAAUUACCAAGACAGGCAACUCCAUUUCGUGUAUUAGAACAACAUUUCCGUCAUCAAUUUAACAAUUAA